AUGACUGAGCACCUACUGGACUACAAGGAACUGUUCCUCCAGGAACAAUGUUGGCGCGAAUUCGCAGAGCUUAAACAGAAGGAAGCUGAGAUGAUCCAAAGAAAUGAGUGUCACAGAUGCGAAGAAGCUGAGGCAAGGACUCGCAAGACGAUGUUGCCUGAAUUCUUCAACGCGCGGCACCACCACCUCCACCUGGGUCUUGCCGUCCAGACCGAUGCAUCCCUAUCAACGCGAGGCGAUUCUGCGAACGCGAACAACAAGCUUCGAUCUGAAAGGCUCCGCGUGUGGGACGACAUCAUGGAACCGGGCUUUGCCUAG